AUGACUGAAAAGUAUUAAUUACCACUUUAAUAACUUUAUGAUCCUAUUAUGAUAAUGUUUUAAUAAAUAGAGGGUUAUGAACUACUUUUUUAAGAGUUGGAAUCAAGACAAAAAGAAUCUAGAAAGAAUAAAUUUAUCAUUGAAAAAUUAAUAGCAAUGCAAGAUAAAAAAUAAGUAAUAUAUCAUCUAUAUUAUUUAGUAAUUAGAGAAAGAGAAAAUUGAAUUUGAUACAUUAUAUUAAAAGUCUAAUUUGACUAGAGAAUAACAUAAGCAUUUAAUUAGUCAAGAGAUAGAAAUUGAUUAAGAAUUUUAUUAAAUUUUUAAAAUCUUAGAUGAAUAAGAAAAUUUAACAAAAGAACUUAUUAAUUAUGAUGAUCCAUAAGGAUAAGGACCAUCACAAUUAAGAGGAUCACUAACUGAAAAUAUUGAUAUUAUUAGAUCAGCAGCAUUAAGUAAAAUAAUUGCCCAUUUAAAAAAACAUUACGAAAUGAUAACUAUUGAUGAAUUAAAAGAUAUUAAUAAACUAUUUCAAAAUAAAGUAAAUGAUCAAAUCAUUUUUGUAUUAAGAUAUAAAUUUAGCAAUCUAUUAAUACCUCUUUUAGCUGGAAUCAAUUCUAUGGAUGAAUAAUCAAUUAUAUCCUUUUUUAAAACACUAGAUUCUCAAAUACAGUAAAAUGAUUUCUUAAUUAAGAUAGUCAUUUAAUUAAACAGAAGAAAUAUUUGAUAAGAAUGCCUCUUCAAUCUUUCCUUAAAUUAUCGAUAAUAUAUGUUGUGAUUAUGCAUAGUAAUUAGAUGCAACUUUAAAAUUUGUAGAAAGCUAUUUUUUAUGUAUUUAUUGAAUAAUAAUAAUAUUAGUUUAUGAAGUAAAUAUUCAAAUCUAAUAAAUUAUCAAUUUCUUUAAAUCUAAGAAUACUUAAUUGUAAUUUAAUAAUGGAUUAAUUAAGUUACUAUAACUUUGUUCCUCUUAAAAAAUUAAAAGUGUUCAAUUUAUGUCUCAUAAUUUAUAAGUUAUAAGGUUCAAUAUAGCUUAAUUUUCAUCAUAUUAGCCUUUAAAAGAUUAAUUAUAUUAGAUGUAUGAUUUUUUAAAGAAAAAUAAACCAGAAGAAAGAUAAGAGAUCUUAUGUAAUCUUUGGUAACCUUUUUAAUAGCUAAUUCAAAUGAAAUUAAAUCAGAAUAGUUUUAAUAGAUCAUCAAAGAUAUUUUCAAUUAAUGCUUUAUAAAUAUAUAUAAAUCAAUUGCAAGAGAUGAAAAUUCUCGAAAUUUAAGAUACAAUUAAUAAUUAUAUUAAAGAAUGCUAAUAGCUUUUGGGUGAUUUAAUUUAAAAAUUGAAAAUUGAAAAUAUCACAGAAAGUGCUUAAAAAUUUAAGGUUUAAUAAAGAGAAAAAAAUAUUUAAUUGUCAAAGGAUUAAUUUAAAAAGUUUUUAAGGUAAAUAGUUUAAUUAGAUGAAAAUGGAUUCAGAAAUGAUUUGUUUUUUGAAAUUGAUUUAAUUAUAAAUGAAUAAAUUAAAUCUUAAAUAUAAAUAGAUAUUGCUGAAAGUAUUAAAUUAUUAUAAUAAUAAUUAGCAUUUACAAAAGAAUAUUAUGAACCAUUAUAUGAGAACUUAUUUAAAUAUUUAAGUAAUUCAUAAAAUGAAUUUACAACAGAAGUCAUUUAGCAAUUAUGUUUAUAGUAUUCAGUUACUGUUAAGGAUAUCUAUAAAAUUCCAGUUUAUAUAAGAGAUCCUGCUUCUUAUAAAUUAAAUAUAAUGAAUUUUUAGAGUUUGUGA